UUAAUUUCUGACAGAACAAAUCGCUUUAGCUUUGGUCGAUAAUACCGGGCUCAUAAAUUUUGUUUAUUGUUUCUUCACGUAAAUAAACAAAUCCAGCUUAAAUUUAAUGAUAUUUUAAUAUGGAAGAAUUUAAAAAGCCUUGUUUACCGAUUGUUCCUGUUAAAGUGGACAAACCCGAAGUACCUUCUGAGAAACCUAAGGACAUUUCGGAAAAAUGUGAGGAAAGUAGUGCAGUCCCAAUAAAACCACAAAUCCCAACCCAAUUGUGUCCUUACAAAAUACCGCAUUGGUCAGAUAGACCUAGUGAUGAAAAUAACUAUAGUUUUGAAGUUUUAAAGUCUGGGCAAAUCAUAGACGAAGUAAAACAACUACAAAAUAAAGCAUACUGGACUUUUGGUAGAUUGCCGGAAAAUGAUAUUAUGAUGGCACAUCCUACUAUAUCUAGAUUCCACGCAAUUUUACAAUAUAGGCCAAAACUAGCAGACAAUUUAAACACAGAAAGAGAGAAUGAAGUUGAUUCCGAAAAGUCCAAUGAAGUUAAAAGUCCUCCGGAGGGUUGGUAUAUAUAUGACUUAGGUAGCACCCACGGUACCUUUUUGAAUAAACAGAGAAUACCUGUUAAAGUUUAUAUUCGAGUAAGGGUUGGCCAUAUGCUACGCUUAGGAGCUAGUACUAGAUCAUACAUUUUGCAAGGACCCUUUGAAGACGAAGAGCCUGCGUCAGAAUUAUCUAUUACUGAGCUUAAAGCUAAACGACAACAAGAUCUGGAACAAGCUGCUUUAGAGAAGAAACGUUUAACUGACGAAGCUAUUGAGAGGGCCAAAAGUGAAGGAUGCAGUUGGGGCAUGGGAGAAGAUGCUGACGAAGAAACCGAUUUAACGCACAAUCCCUUCGCCAGCUCAAACAAUGAAGAACUUUUUUUGGAUGACCCCAAAAAAACUUUACGUGGUUACUUCGAAAGAGAAGGUUUAGAAUUAGUGUACAAAUGUGACGAAAUGUCAGCUGGUUCAUUUGUAUGUCGUGUCGAAUUGCCUAUUGACGAUGCUAAUGGUCGUCCUAUAGUAGCUGAGGUUGUACACAAGGGCAAAAAGAAAGAUUGCGUUUUACAAUGCGCUUUGGAGGCUUGUCGUCAUUUAGAUCGCCAUGGUGUCUUGAGACAAGCAAAUCAAGAGCCAUUAAAGAGAAAACAAAAGACACAAGAUUCAGGUUCAGAUGACGAUGAGUUUUGGGAUCGUACUGGUGAUGUCGCUAGAAAGAAGCAAAGAAAGGCAAAUGCUAACAACAGUGUUACUUUAACCUAUGAAGAUUUGCUUAAACAAGAAAACGACAUCGAUGAACAAGUAAACCAAAUUGAAUUCAAAAUAAAUGAAUAUCACGAACAACAACAACUGUUGAAGGCACAGACAUUGGUAGAAGGAGAGGACUUGGACGCAUUUAUGGAAAAUUUGCAUGGAAAAGAAAUGAAAUUGGACAAAACGGAAAUUCGUAAACUAAGACUUGAAGAACAACGCUUAAAAUCUGAAAAACAAAGAAUACAAAGGCUUAUUAAAAUUGCAAAACCAAUCGAUUUGCCUUUUAGUAAACAAACGACAGAUAUAACUCAAUCUCAAGAACAAGGCCAGACCAAUGUUAAAAAACAUUUACCAAUGAUUGGUAAACGUAAUCAAUUCAGUAAAUUUAAAAUUGUAAAAGUUGAAGCAACGACUACAUCUAAAGUAUCAAAACCUGCAACAUUUUUCGACUCUGAUGAGGAGGAUAUAGAAGAGAAUGAAAAACGGGUUGAGAAAAAAUGUAAAGAAAGUUACCAUAGCGAAGAAAUUGUAUUGAAUAAAGACACCAUAAAUGAAAGUAAGGAAAUCACAGUAGAAAAGGUUGCAAACGCUGAAAAGGUAAAAGAAAAAUCCGCAAAUACACCAGAUAGUGAAAGUCAACCAAAUAAAACUUUAAAAACAAUUGAUGAUGAUAAAUGUGAUGAAAUUAAUGAGAAAAACCUAGAAGUUUCUCAGGAUUUAUCGGGAACUAUAGACAACAACCCCACAGAUACUGGUAGUAGUAAAAAACGUCGUCACCGCAUACGUCAGCGAGGUAAACGUCAAGAAGUUGAUAUGGAUGACGAUGUAGAAUAUGAAUCCUCUGAUAAAUAUGCCAAAUGGGUACCUCCAGAAAAUCAAACUGGUGAUGGUUUUACCGAUUUAAAUAAAAAGUUUGGUUAUUAAUUAAUGAGUUUUGAGUAAAAAUGCAAAUAUAUAACAAAUAUGACUGCUAAAUAAAUAUCAUGUUUUUUGUUUAUAAUUGUAGUAUUAUUUUAUCUUUAAUUAAUAUAAAAAAUCAAUUUUGUAGAUAUUCAAAAAACAAUGAUAGAAAAUUUUAAUUAAAAUUCAAAUUACCAAACUAAAAUCAACGAGUCUUGGCCAUGUUUUUACUUAUCCAAAUGUAAAUUUAUUUCAAUCAGCAAUAAACGAAUUUUAGCACAAAGUUUAUAUUCUUAACAA